CUAUCUUGUAACUGUCUAUUGCCAAAAAUCCUUUCCGAAUCGAGAGAACAACCUCUUUCGUAACUUUCUGUAUUUGGCAUUGGUGCAUGUUCAAAUGUCUGAUAAACGAAGACAAGUUGCCACUUUGAAAGCCAAGCAAAUUACUGCACAAAAGAAGAGACGAAGGCGUACUGAUCCCGGUGUAAAAGUUUCAACUAAUGAUAUGCCAAGCACACCAACUAGAUCUGGCCUUACUUCACCGUUGUCACCAGUACUGUCUCCAACUGCUUAUAAUUCAAAUAAAAUCUAUCCUCAAUCGGUUACCUCUCAUCAACGUCAAACAACUAAUGAAGACUAUUCGGCUUCUUCCGCAAGUAGUUCUGCAAGUGAAGAGGAACCGGAAAAAAUUAUGACCGAAGAUGAGGAAGACCUUGAGGAUUACUGUAAAGGAGGUUAUCAUCCUGUAAAAAUUGGGGAUACGUUCAAUGAUGGAAGGUAUACAGUCGUUCGGAAGUUAGGCUGGGGUCAUUUUUCCACUGUUUGGCUUGCAAGAGAAAAUCGUCAAAAUCGACAUGUCGCUCUUAAAAUUGUCAAAUCUGCUCCCCAUUAUACUGAAACGGCUUUAGACGAAAUUAAAUUAUUACAAAAGAUUGUUACUGCAAAUCCCGAUGCUCCCGGUCGACGUCAUGUUGUCGAACUUUUAGAUCACUUUCAACAUAGAGGACCCCAUGGAACUCAUGUGUGUAUGGUUUUUGAAGUUUUAGGCGAAAAUUUAUUGAGCUUAAUAAAAAGAUAUAAUCAUCGCGGAAUUCCACCACACUUGGUUAAACAAAUUACAAAGCAAGUGCUUAUGGGCCUUGAUUAUAUGCAUAGAGAAUGCGGAAUCAUCCACACUGAUUUAAAGCCGGAGAAUGUGUUGGUAUGCGUUGAUAAUGUGGAGAAGGUUGUAAGAAAUGAACUUUUAUGUGGUGGAAAGCCACCGGCUACGACAGCUAAAAAAGGACAACAAUUACGUAUUACUGGAAGUCAACCUCUUUCAUCACCGUCAUCUAAAUCACCAUCUGUACAAAAUUCGUCAAUAGCAUCGCAACAAUCUUCACAGCAAAUACAAGGUAUGUCUAAAAGUCAGAAAAAAAAAUUAAAGCAAAAGCUGAAGAAAAAAGCUGCUAGAGAAAAUGGUGAACAUAUGACAAAUGGAAUUGGGGAGGAUAUAUACAAUGAGAGUUUAGAGGUGGUAAAAAAGAAUGAAGAAAAGGAAGAUGCCGAUAUGGCCGAAAAUAUUUGUAGUUCAGGUGAUGUAACGACUGAAACUUUGGAACGCGACCUUAACGAUAUUUCUCUUGUUGAUUCAUCUACUCCAAAUUCAUCAUCCAUAGUAUCUGCUACUAGUUCUCAAACGAGUCUAACACGAAAGACGUCUACUACAAAAUGGACUACUCCAGAUUCGAUUACUGUCAAAAUUGCUGAUCUAGGCAAUGCAUGCUGGGUGGAUCAUCAUUUCACGAAUGAUAUCCAAACAAGGCAAUACAGAAGCCCAGAAGUUAUUCUCGGUAGUCGAUGGGGGAAUAGUGCAGACAUUUGGAGCAUGGCAUGUAUGGUUUUUGAGCUUUACACGGGUGAUUACUUGUUUGAUCCACAGACAGGAAAAAAUUAUACUAAAGACGAUGACCAUAUAGCUCAAAUUACGGAGCUUUUGGGUAAUUUCCCCAAAAGUUUGGCUUUGAGCGGGAAAUAUUCGAACGAGAUAUUUAAUCGUAAAGGGGACCUAAGAAAUAUUACCAAGCUUCGACCUUGGAAACUUGCUGAUGUUUUACAUGACAAAUAUGCACUCUCACGCACUGAAGCGGACUUUAUGAGCUCAUUUCUACUACCGAUGUUAGAUUUAAAUCCGGAUAAAAGAGCAUUGGCAAGACAAUCAUUGAACAAUCCAUGGUUGCAAGAUUCAAGUUCAGCAAUGAAGUCAACAGGGUCUAGGUCAACUGAAAUUAAUGGGACCAGUAAACCUUUAAGUAGAAGUGAUACUAGUGGAGAUAAAAGUGUUAAGCGAGAAAAUAGAAAAUCUGAAAAGAACGAGAAUCUUGAACGUCGACAUAGUGGUUAUUACAAGUCAACAACAAAAGCUAACGAUGUUAAAGUUGAUCCUAAUUGGAAGUAUUAAUUGAUUUCGUCAAAUAACAGGUUGGUGUUUGUUAUAUAUAUUAGAAAUCUUUAUAUAAAAAUCAUGUAUAUUCUCCUUUUUUUAAAAAAACCACAUGCACACAAAUUUUCGAGCUAAUCAAUUUCUUUGGAGAAAGAAAGGUCAAAAAAGAAGAGCGCAUUUUUAUGCAUGAUUUGCAAAAAAAAAAAAAAAAAAAAA